AUGGUUUAUUGUUAUACACCAUCAAAGAUAUAUAACACUAGUCUCGUUGUUUGGAACCCAUGUACUGGUCAAACCAAGUGGAUCCCAGCCAAAGAUCCUUACAAGACAUGCUACGGCACCUUUGCUCUCGGAUCGUACCAAGACAAGAAAUCCGGAUAUAAUAGCUACAAAAUAUUGAGCUAUGAUAAUGGUACUGAAACCAAGACGAAAAAAUUCUCAGUUUAUGAGUUUAAGUCGAAUUCAUGGAAGAUUCUUGACGUGACUUUGGAUUUUUACUUGAUCCGUAUUGAUACCCGCGUGUCGUUUAAGGGAAAGACUUACUGGUUUGCGGUGGAUAAGAAAGAGAACCACCACGCCAUAUUCUUACUCAGUUUUGAUUACACAACGGAGAGAUUUGGACGUAUGAUUAAUCUUCCAUAUCAGCUUUCUCGAUAUAUUUCUUGGACUGAUAUGGCUCUCUCCGUUGUUAGAGACGAAAAACUCUUCGUGGUAAUACAGCUCACAAAUACAUCAAGGACAGAAGUAUGGGUGACUAAUAAGAUUGAUGAGACUAAAGUGGUACCGUGGAGCAUGGUCAUGGCAGUGGAUCACUCCAGAGAAUAUACUAUGUGUGGAGUAAGGUUUCUUGUCGACGAAGAGAAGAAAUUCGUCGUGUGUUUUGAUUGGAAAAGUUUGGUCAAGGACGGCGAGGUUCACUACGAAAACAUGGUACACAUAAUUAAGGAGAAUAAUAAAGUUACAAAAGUGGAUUUUGCAGCACCUACAAUGUUUAUACAUUGGCCACAACUGUUUAAUUAUGUUCCAAGUUUGGUUCAAAUCCAGUGA